UUGCUGACAGCCAUAUUUGAUUCGAUUAUGCUGUUCUGGUUGCGACAACCAGUUUAGCCAGUUCUUGACAAAUAAACGGAUCUGUUCUUCACUACGAGGCACGCGCCCAGCUCCACCUGCGACAGAAUCCAGACCCCUUCACAGUACCGACAGACCCUCACCUGUAGUCCACGAUGAAUCCAGAAUAUGACUAUUUAUUCAAGCUGCUCCUGAUCGGUGAUUCUGGCGUGGGAAAGUCUUGUCUCCUUCUCCGGUUUGCAGAUGACACGUACACAGAGAGCUACAUCAGUACCAUCGGUGUGGACUUCAAGAUCAGGACCAUCGAGCUGGACGGGAAGACCAUAAAACUGCAGAUUUGGGACACAGCUGGUCAGGAACGGUUCCGCACCAUCACCUCCAGUUACUACAGAGGAGCUCACGGCAUCAUCGUGGUUUACGAUGUGACGGAUCAGGAGUCCUUCAAUAACGUCAAACAAUGGCUACAGGAGAUCGACCGCUACGCCAGCGAGAACGUCAAUAAGCUGCUAGUAGGCAACAAGUGUGACCUCACAACGAAGAAGGUGGUGGACUACACCACGGCUAAGGAAUUUGCUGACAACCUGGGGAUCCCCUUCCUGGAGACCAGCGCCAAGAGCGCCACCAACGUGGAGCAAGCCUUCAUGACCAUGGCCGCCGAGAUCAAGAAGAGGAUGGGCCCCGGGGCCACGGCCGGUUCCUCGGAGAAGUCCAACGUGAAGAUCCAGAGCAAGCCGGUCAACACCUCGUCCGGAGGCUGCUGCUGAGGCCUGAAAACAUCAGCCAUGACCUGAAUCCUACCCCCCCCCCCAAAGCCCACGACCAGUCUCAAUGUUACCAUGCUCCACAGGGAAAGAUAACCAGAGAGAGAGAGAGAGAGAGAGAGAGAGAGGAGGAAGACUUUGAAAGGACCGGUUUGUAAUUGUGUGUGCAGCUACAACACCAGAUCCCCCCCAAACGUUUCAAAGUCAGCAAUAGGACGGUAAGACCCCCUCCCAUACCCCCGCCCCCCCUCCCCACAGAACACACUGGGCGGUCCUUUUUUUUUUUUCUUACAUUACCAAAACACACUCAUACUGGAAAGGAAGCGUAUGUACACAGUUUUUAACAGCGUGUGAAGUUAACCAAUGACAGAGAUCACAGCUUCUCGUUUCUUACGUCGCCCCCCCCCCCCCCCCCCCCCCCCCCCCCGCUCUUCCUUUUCUUUCGUUUGCGUUCGUUAGAUGACGAGUCACUUUUUCUAAAACUGUUUAAAAAAAAAAAAAGAAACACAAAGUUGUCUUUACGUCGCUGUGGAUUACAGCCCCCCCCCUCCCCCAAUCUCCUCCAUGUGUAUGACUUAGUGAGCACUUCAAAUGAAGCACAUGCUUAAAACCAGCACCAUGCAUGUUAGAGCUGAUCACAUGCUCCUCCUCCUCCUCCUCCUCCUCCUCCUCCUCCUCCUCCUCCUCCUCCUCCUUCCACUGCAUGUGAUCAGCUGCAGUCAUGAAGCGACUGGCUCAAAAACUGCGCCCACGCUAACGUCGCCCGCGCCCCGACUUCACGGUGUCACAGUGUCGCCCCUUAAAAAAACAAAACAAAGUGCCAGUGCCUUUGCGGCAGGAGAUUCACGACAUGUAUGCCUUCGGUGCUCUCGUGUUGUCGGCAUAUUCCCCUCAGAGCGUGCCCUCGGUUGGUGACUUCUUAAAGAGUUUGUAUGAUAGCAGUUAACAUUCCUGUAUAUAGACCUUCCUGUAUUCGGCUCUCUCUGUGUGUGUGUGUGCGUGUGUGUGUGUGCUCUGCUGGUGUCCAUGAUUCAAUAAGCAUGUGCUACAUUGGGAGACGUGACGUCGUCGUCAAGCCGUGUGUUAUUUUCUCUGCUAAUGUUUCUCAAACCAACAGCACAACCACGACAGGAGGAAAGAAAAAGAUCACCAUCCCAGCUCGAGAAUAAUCUAUAAACUGUAUAUAUUUAUACAUAAAUGUAAGAAGUGAUUUGUGUAGAAGAAGAAGAAGAAGAAGAAGGAAGUGAAGCGAAUGAUAAAUAGCUGGAAUUAGUUAUCUCAGCACGUGAUUUGUGGCUGCGGACAUGACAUUUUUGUGGCACAAUGUCUACUAUUAAAACAAUGAAGGAGAUCUUUGAUAA